AUGAGCUAUUUCCUCGUUCUUUUAGCGCUAAGUGCCAUUUUACGUAGUCGUUGUGUCGACUUCGUUGCCCGAACACAACGAGGAAUCGCUCUCAUUUCACUAGAUGAGGCCAAUUUUGAGGCCGAAUCAACGUUACUAGUACCAUCCAUACCAGAAGAAUUGUCUGUAUUACUCGCAGUUGACACUUCUGGUACGUGCUAUUUCACACUACGUAAUCAUCUCUACUCCCUAACCAUCGAUAACAGUACUACUAAUGACCUCGGCAGGAUCGGUUAUGGUCUUGAAGAGACUCCGUCAUCGAUCGCUUUCGAUUGGAUCACCAAAAAGAUUUUUAUCUCACUAUCUGGAGUUGGUCAUGACAGUUCAGCCAAGGUCUACGCGUGUAGUUCCAUAGAUGCAACGAAUUGUACUAUAAUAAUACAUGAGAAUCUGGAUUACUUACACUCACUAUGUUUGGAUCCAUUGGAAGGGAAUAUGUAUUGGUUAAAUGGUAUUACGAAUUGUAUAGAAAAGUCAUUUAUGAAUGGUCAACACCAUGAUAAACAUCCUUACAGUGAACAAACUGUAAGCUCAUCGAAAGAUGUGACAUACUCAUCGUUGACAUUGGAUCUUUCAUCAAGGCGAAUCUACUUCGUCAAAACUCAGAGAAAAUCAUCUGAGAUUUGGUACUGUGAGUUGUAUCGUCGCGAAUCAUGUGUUCAACUAUUUGAUACGGAUCCUAUCCAGUUUUUCACUGUAUAUAAGUCGUACUUCGUUUGGUCAACCUCUUACCAUGGUGAAUUGAUUGUAUGCGAAAAAACCGAUUGUGCAAAUACUUACAAAACCAUUGAAGAUAUUCGUGGUGUAGAAUCACUUGUCGUUCUAGAUCCUUCAAUUCAGCCAAACAGUAAGUUCAAUUUCUAA